GCUCACCGGCAGAGCGAAGCUGUUGAGCGCUGAUAGUAGACGCGUGUCAAGCUGCACGUGUGAAUCCGUUCGUUUUGCAGUUUCGGGCUAUUUCCGCGAUGGUGAUGGAGGAAGUUUCUCUGCUGGAGUGCUCGGGCCUGGCGCGGCUGCUGCGGGAGCCCGCGGAGAGCGCCCGGACGCUGGUGCUGGACUGCCGGCCCUUCCUGGCCUUCUGCCAGGCCCACAUCCGGGACUCGAGGCCCGUGCACUGGAACGGGCUGCUCCGGCGACGCUCCCGGGGCAAGAGCGGAGCGGGAGCGGUGGGGCUGGAGGGGCUGCUGCCCGACCGGGCGCUGCUGGCGCGGCUGCGGAGGGGUGAAGUGGCCCACCUGGUGGCCCUGGACCAGGGCAGCCCGGCCCUCGGCGCCCUCCGCCCGGACUGCCCCGCCAGGAGCCUCCUCGACGCCCUCCUCGCCGAGAAGAACCCCGGGCGGAACCCGCAAGGCCCACAACUCUACCUCCUCCGAGGUGGGUUUGAAAACUUCCAAGCAAAUUUCCCCGAAUUGUGCUCUGUGGCCCCCACACCGCUGACGACGACCGUGGCACCUCCUUCUCCUUCACCGCUUCUGCUGAGUCCCGAAGGCAGCGCCAGCACCCCCUCCUACGACCAGGGUGGUCCGGUGGAGAUCCUACCCUUCCUCUUCCUGGGCAGCUCCUUCCACUCCUCCAACCGGGAGGUGCUGCAGUCCCUGGGCAUCACAGCCGUCCUCAACGUCUCCUCCAGCUGCCCCAACUACUUUGAGGAGCAGUUCCAGUACAAGAGCAUCCCCGUGGAGGACAACCACAUGGCCGAGAUCAGUGCCUGGUUCCAGGAAGCCAUCGACUUCAUCGAUUCGGUGAAGAGCAACGGAGGGCGGGUGCUGGUCCAUUGCCAGGCGGGCAUUUCCCGCUCGGCCACCAUCUGCCUGGCUUACUUGAUCCAGAGCCGCCGUGUCCGGCUGGAAGAGGCCUUUGAUUUCGUCAAGCAGCGCCGGGGUGUCAUCUCCCCCAACUUCAGCUUCAUGGGGCAGCUCCUCCAGUUCGAGACGGAGGUCCUCUGCCACUAGGCUGCAAGGGAGCCCACACCUUUUCCAGACACAGAGAGACUCGGACAGUGUGCCUGUUUACAAUAUAAACCAAUGACGUUGGAAAUUUUGGAAGGUCCAGACAAGGCAUGGGCCAACUUGGGCCCUCCGGGUGUUUUGGACUGCAACUCCCACAAUUCCUAACAGCCGGUAGGCUGUUAGGAAUUGUGGGAGUUGUAGUCCAAAACACCUGGAGGGGCCAAGUUGGCCCAUGGCUGGUCCAGAUUGUGAUGGCAGCGCCUGCAGUGUGGAUGCAACCUUAUGUGGCAUGUCCGUGGACUUUUCUAGCAGGGAUUUCCAAAUCUCGUUGAACUCUUGGCAUUAUAGUUUUGAAUGUUUGGACCGAGAUUUGGGUUCAGGUCCCAUCUACAUUGCCAUCUAAUGCAGUUAGACUUUAUAUUACAGCUCAAUUGCAUUACAUGGCAGGGUAGACUCAUAUCCUGCAGCUCAAUGCUGCAUUGGAUGACAGUGUAGACUCCUAUAUUGCAGCUCGAUGCAAUUAAACUGCAUUAGGUGAUAGCGUUGACUCAUAUUCCAGCUCAAUUGCAUUAGAUAGCAGCGUUGAUUCAUAUAUCUACACUGCCAUAUGCACCUACACUUCCAUAUAAUGCAGCUCAAUUGCAUUAUAUGGCAGUUUGGACUCAUAUUGCAGCUCAAUGCAGUUUAAUUGCAUUAUAUGACAGUGUAGACACACAUUGCAGCUCAGUUGUAUCACAUGGCAAUGUAGAAUCAUAUUGGAGUUUAAUUGCAAUACAUGGCAGUGUAGACUCAUAUUUUGCAACUCAAUUGCAUUAGAAGGCAGUGUAGACUCGUCUAUUGCAGCUCAAUUGCAUUACAUGGCAAUGUAGACUCAUGUCACAGCUCAAUUGCAUUAUAUGGCAGUGUAGACGCAUAUUGCAGCUCAGUUGCAUUACAUGGCAACGUAGAAUCAUAUUGGAGUUUAAUUGCAAUACAUGGCAGUGUAGACUCAUAUUUUGCAACUCAAUUGCAUUAGAAGGCAGUGUAGACUCGUCUAUUGCAGCUCAAUUGCAUUAUAUGGCAAGGUAGACUCAUAUGUCACAGCUCAAUUGCAUUACAUGGCAGUGUAGACUUCUAUAUGGAACUCAACUACAUUACAUGGCAGUGUGGACUCACUUUGCGAUGCAAUUGCAUUGUAUGGCAGUGUAGAAUCAUCUAUUGCAGCUCAAUUGCAUUGUAUGGCUGUUAAGACUCUUGAAUUGUAUCUCAAUGCAGUUUAGUUACAUUAGAUGGUGGUGUAGACUCCUAUAUAUGGCAGCUCAAUUGCAUUGUAUGGCGAUGUGGGAUUCCUAUAUUGCAGCUCAAUGCAUUUAACAUGGGAGCGCACCUUGAGCACUGCAAGAAAGCAAUGGGAAGCCUAUUAUGAGUAAACCAAGAGAGAACUGCCAUAAGGCUUGCAACCUCAUUGCCUUACAAGGGUCUGAAAAGCAAACAAUCCCUCCCUUAUGUUUGAUAUUGUAUGCUGUGAAAGUCUUGGGUGUUUCCUCGCCCUGGAUGGAAAUGUCCUUUUCCCGAACGCACUGAGAAGUGGCAGCCCCUUUCCGUGGCCAAAGACCCCUUGUUUUCCCUCGGGGGGUUGCCUCAUACUUGACUGCAAGGGUCCCGUUCGCUGGUUGGUUUCUGUGGGACUUCUUGCCGGUGGAUCGGGACCGUUUCCUGAUCUCCCUUCGAUGCCACAGUCUCCCGAUCCGAAGCAAUAUACUGUAAUAAUGUUUGUGCUGUUUAGAGAAACUCUUUCUUGAUUGGAAAUGACUCUUUUUCUUUCGUUGCACUUUAUAUUUAUUAUUAUCACCUGUGGCAAUAAAGAGACCGAUUUUUAUACUGAAA